UUAUUUGUUUUUCUUAAAAAACGGAGCCUGUUGAAUUAUUUUUAUUACGUUUAAUCAAUUUUACAAAGUUAAAUGAAUGUCUUUACUAUCUUAGUUACCAUUAGUGCAAUUUGCGAUAUUAACGCCUUUAAAACCGCCAUCGUUCCCAAUGAGUUUAUUGUUCAUUUUCGUUCCAAAUACUUUGCGCCGGUCCGGGAAUCCUAUAUCAAAGCAAAACUACUUGGUUCUAACAUAACAAAUUGGACAAUUAUUCCACGUGCAAAUUUAGCUUGGCAAUAUCCAAGCGAUUUCGAUGUUUUAAGAAUUUUUGCCGAAGACGAAAGAUCGGCAAAGUUUAUUAUUGAAAGGAUCAAAUCUCAUCCAUCAGUAAAGGCAGUAGUCCCUCAGCGAAGUGUUCGACGGUUACUGAACUACGACCCGUACAGCAAUUACACGAAUAUAAAUCGUCAUUCUCAGGGAGUUUUAAGGAACAGUAACGCGAAUAACGAUCGACACCGGCAAGUUUGCUCAGUACUGCAUGCUAAUGUCCUUUGGAAACUUGGUAUCACUGGCAAAGGAGUCAAAGUUGCUAUUUUCGAUACUGGUUUGACCAAAAACCAUCCACACUUUCGAAAUGUGAAAGAACGAACAAAUUGGACAAAUGAAAAGUCCCUGGACGACAAAGUUAGUCAUGGCACCUUCGUCGCCGGGGUAAUCGCAUCCUCCAGGGAAUGCCUGGGCUUUGCUCCUGACGCUGAUCUGUACAUAUUCAAAGUCUUCACGAACUCUCAGGUCUCUUACACUUCCUGGUUCCUGGAUGCCUUUAACUACGCGAUAUACAGGAAAAUAAACAUUCUCAACCUCAGCAUUGGUGGACCCGACUUUAUGGACUCGCCGUUCGUUGAAAAGGUUUUGGAACUGUCUGCCAAUAAUGUCAUAAUGAUAUCGGCAGCCGGAAACGAUGGUCCCCUCUAUGGCACUCUGAACAAUCCCGGUGACCAAAGCGAUGUAAUCGGCGUGGGCGGUAUUCAGUUUGAUGAUAAGAUCGCAAAGUUUAGUUCAAGAGGAAUGACCACCUGGGAACUACCUCAGGGAUAUGGAAGAUUGGGACUCGAUAUAGUCACAUACGGAAGUCAAGUGGAAGGAAGUGAUGUGCGCAAGGGCUGCAGACGCCUCUCAGGAACAUCAGUCUCCUCUCCAGUUGUGGCCGGAGUAGCUGCACUGCUUAUAAGCGGUGCAUUUAAAAAACUUGAUUUGAUAAACCCAGCAUCUCUGAAGCAGGUGCUUAUUGAAGGUGCCGAGAAGCUCCCGCACUAUAACAUGUUUGAGCAGGGAGCUGGAAAACUAAAUCUGUUAAAAAGUAUGCAGCUGCUGCUUUCUUAUAAGCCGAAGAUAAGUCUUAUUCCAUCUUACCUCGACUUCACCUCAAACUAUAUGUGGCCGUAUAGCUCUCAAUCUUUGUAUUACGGAAGCUCCGUCGUUAUCGCAAACGUAACAAUACUCAAUGGCAUUUCGGUUACCAGCCAUAUCGUUGGGAACCCGAAAUGGAUUCCUGAUCUCGAUAAUCAUGGUCAGUUUCUACAAAUAUCAACACAAGUGUCUCCUAUCUUUUGGCCGUGGACUGGAUGGAUGGCAGUUUUUAUUGUUGUAAAUAAAGAUGGAGACAACUUUGAAGGAGUUUGUAAAGGAAGUAUCACUUUAGUUGUGGAAAGUUUUAAAGAGUCAGCAAACGAAACUCAUUUAACAGAAGUUGAGCUUCCACUGACAAUAAAAGUAACACAAAAACCUCCAAGAAACAAAAGAAUAUUGUGGGACCAGUAUCAUAGCUUGAGGUAUCCACCGCGUUAUAUACCAAGAGACGAUCUGAAAGUAAAAUUGGAUCCCCUAGACUGGAUGGCAGACCAUAUACACACAAACUUUAAGGACAUGUAUACACAUUUACGAAAUGUUGGCUAUUAUAUUGAUGUUUUACGGGAACCUUUCACCUGUUUCAACGCCUCAGAUUACGGCGCUUUAUUGAUUGUCGACCCUGAGAAAGAGUUUAGCGACGAAGAAAUAAACACUUUAAAAGAAAAUGUUUAUAAUAAAGGUCUUAAUGUCGUCGUAUUCGGAGAUUGGUAUAACACAACGGUGAUGAAAAAAAUAAAAUUCUUUGACGAAAACACCAGACAAUGGUGGACACCUGACACUGGCGGAGCCAAUGUUCCAGCCCUAAAUGAUUUGUUAAAGCCAUUUGGAAUAGCUUUUGGCGAUUUUGUUGGAGAGGGACACUUUAAACUGGGCGACCAUUCAAUGUAUUAUGCUAGUGGUGCUCCACUUAUUAAAUUUCCAAUGAAUCCAGGAGAUAUUUUAGUAGGAACAAAGUUAAAUGAUCAAGGACUUUCGAUUAUAAAUUCUAAGACACCUAAAAAGGAGGCUAAAAUAGAUGUACCUAUUUUUGGUAUGUUUCAAACCAAGGCCAACAGUAUCGAAAGCAACGAGGAAAUCAUGAGCAAUGCAGAAAGCAAUUUGGUUGAGAUCGUACCCACAGAUUAUGUAGCAAUUAAAAACAGGGUUUUGCUAUUACGGAAAAAGGAACGAAGUGUAAACUUCGCCAAAAUCAAUAGUUACCAAACUAAUAAUGAAGGACGAAUAGCCGUAUAUGGAGACUCUAACUGCCUGGAUUCUACACAUCUGGAAAAGGCUUGCUACUGGCUUUUGAUCACAUUUUUAGAUUUUGCUAUAAACUCACACAAAUCUAGCUUAUUGCAGAACCUAAAUCGAAUAUCGGAAUUUCACAAAUCAAAAAGAGCCCCUUUACCUUUUAGGAUAUCAAACAAUAAUUUAAUAUUAGGAUCCCAAAACAACAUUUGCGAAAAAUUCGACUGGCUUGUCGCAACGAAGAGAGAAAUCGUUGAGGAGAGGGAAUCUUCUAUUCUGGAAGUGGUAACAAAAGCAAGUGAAGAAUAUGAGAAUGUAAUUAAGAAUUUACUGGAUGCGGAGAUCACAAAAUUGACUCAAAACAACGACUACUUUGCAGGAAGCCAAGUACCCGAUAGUUUAACAACUCCAAUUAUAUUUAUGAUUAGUUUGAGCUUAAUUGUUAUUAUAUUAUUUCUUUUAUUCAUAAGACGUAAUAAAAAAAAAUAAAUAUAAUUUUUUGUAAGGUCGGAAAUGUCUUCUUUACUGUGUUAAAAACAGCGUACCAAAAUGUAAAAAGAUACAUUAAACGGCAUUCACAACUAAAAAAUUAAAU